CCAAUGGACGCGGGAAGGCCAGGAGCGGCGGGGGCGGCUGUGGAGACCAUGGAGGAGGGCCCGACGAUGACGACGACCUCGGAAGGCACUUUCUGCCUCCACCAGGUUACACUAACAGAAAGCUCUGAAGAUGACUAUCAGUAUGAAGAGGUACCAGGAGACGAUGACUUCAGUGUGCAGGAAGGUGAUGAAGAUUUGGCAAAAGCAUUACACACUAUGCAAGAACAGACUAUUGAUGCUCAAAUUAUGGCUCCACGACCAGGCCAGAUUGCUAAGCCUCCUCUUUCUGAAACACCUGAAGUUGUGGAUGACUUCCUCUGUAAUUUUCUAAUUAGAAUGGGCAUGAACAGGACACUAGACUGCUUUCAAACUGAAUGGUAUGAACUGAUGCAGAGAGGUAUGCUUGAACCCAAAGACAUUGGAUUUGUUCCAGAUGCCUACACCUGCAAUCAACAGCUGGAGAGGGAAAACAAAUGUUUAAGGAAGGAAAUGGAGAGCUAUAAAUUUGCAGCCAACAAAGCUAAAGAAACACUUGUCAAGCUGCAGAAAGAGCGUGACUUCCAUCGAAUGCAUCACAAGCGAGUGGUCCAGGAAAAGAACAGGCUCAUUAAUGACAUUAAAAGGUUAAAGGCACAUUAUGCAUCGUAUGAACCAAUGUUAAGGCAGCUGAAAUUAAAAUACGAACAUCUUCUAAGAGAAAAAGUGCUUACAAGUUUGGAACGAGAUAGAGUUGUUGGCGAGAUUACAGGCUUGCAAGCAACAUUACAAAGAUUAGAGUGUGGCAGCAACACUCACAUUCCUGUGUCUAGAGCAGGUCAUAGGUGUGAAAGGGAUGAGAGGUUAGAAGGACCAUCCCAAAGAGCUCUCAGAGAAGCCAAGGACCAAAAUGCGUAUUCUGGAGUUCAUCCCUAUGAUCCGGCCAAAGAUCCAACGAAACAGAUGGGCAAGAGAUUUCCAAAGGAUUCAGAAUUUCCCGAAGAUAUUCAAGUCAAUCCUUCCCUUGCUCAUGCAAGAGAAUGUGUGCGCCCACUGAAAUCAGGUGUAUAUAGACUGAGCAACACCUUGAAAGUACAUGAUCUGGCAGUGAGCUGUUUGGCUUUACAUCCAAGGAAAGAUAUUGUUGUUACUGGAAGUGAUGAUCGCCUGUGGAAAAUGUGGGCCUUUCCUAAUGGGAACAUCAUCAUGAAAGGUGAAGGACAUACGGAUUGGCUUUCUGGGUGCUGCUUCCAUCCAAGUGGGACAAAACUUGUCACUUCAAGUGGAGAUACAACAGUCCGGAUCUGGGACUUUGCAAAGGGAGGAUGUGUAUUGACUUUAGAGGGGCACAGCUAUGCAGCAUGGGAUUGUUCCUGGCAUUCAUGUGGAAAUUUUGUGGCUUCUGCAUCUAUGGAUAAAACUAGCAAAGUGUGGGACCUGAACAGUGAGAGGUGCAGAUACACCUUGCGUGGUCAUAAGGAUUCAGUAAACAGCAUCGAGUUCCUUCCUUUCUCCAACAUCAUCCUCACCAGCUCUGCGGACAAGACCCUCUCUCUUUGGGAUGCCAGAACAGGACUGUGUGCUCAAACCUUCUGUGGACACAUGCAUUCCUGCAAUCAUGCAACAUUCAACAUGAGGGGUGAUACUAUUGUUUCCUGUGACUCUUAUGGGGUCUUGAAACUGUGGGAUGUUCGGAAAGGGUUACCAAUGGUCUCAAUUGAUGCUGGCCCACAUCCCGCCAAUCAAGUGACCUUUGACCCAUCUGGUCGUAUUGUAGCUCUUGCAAGCAACGAUGGAACGGUUAAGACUUUAGAGCUCAAAUCAGGGCAGCUUUCCAGCCUGGUAGGCCAUGAAGAUGAAGUUCAGAGCAUCAUGUUUGACCACAAGGCAGAACACCUGCUUUCAGGUGGCUCGGAUGGCACUAUUCGAAUUUGGAACUAAGAUACUUGCUAUUGUUUGGUCACAGCUCAGAGGAAAAUGAGAUGUGACCCCACUUCUUAGCACUGGAGAUAGCUUCAAAUGCUAGAUUUUAAAGGAAAUAGCAUAUAAUUCAAAGUUUCUGUAUCUUCAUUUAAUUAAAACAUAUAUGUUUCUGUC